AUGAAGGCAUUCCUACUCCUGUCUCUACUGGGAGCCUUUACAUUGGCGCAGACAACUACAUCGAUAUGCCGAUGUCCACAAGUCAAAUGCCCAAGUAGCAAUGCUGUUGAACUCUGCCAGUGCCUCAACUCCCGCGAAACAAUGUGUCACAAAGCUUGCCCAAUGUACAAGCCCACAUACAUGCCAUGCCCGAUAAACCCUCCGACCCCGUGGCCGACUCCUUCGCCAACCCCAGAAGUGCAGGCUGAGCCAACAUGUACAUGCGAACCUGGAUUCUGUAUCCAAAUGUGGCCACAGUCAUGCUAUUGCGGCAAUGCACAGAAGCAGCGUUGCUUUGAGAAGUGCGGUGGCGUGCAGCCGGAGCUACAGGAGUGCCCUCCCAUGGAGACGCCCUCGAUUGUCGCCAGAACCGUCGAAACACACCCGCCAAAGCCGACCAACGUGCACAAACCAUGCGGCGGCGGCCGUGGCAACUACCGCGAGUGCGAUCACGGCGAAGUCUGCAUCAAAGAUCCAUACAAAGAUGGAUGUGGGCCUGCGUGCGAUCAGGUGGGCAUUUGUGUGAAGGACAAGCUAUGCGGCGGGUUUGCGGGGUUCCCAUGCGAGGUCAAGGGCCAGGUAUGCCAGGAUGACCCGCGUGAUGAUUGCGAUCCACUGAACCACGGAUACGAUUGCGGAGGAUUGUGUGUGUGGCCGUUGAGUCUGAGGCACGACUAUGGUGAAGGAUACUAG